AUGAGCGGCAAUGCCGCUGCUGCUCUCGAGUCGCUCAGCGGCAGCAAGGACAGCUCGGCCACUGCCAGUGCGCACUUCCAGACCACUCCUACCGGCAUCCACUACCUACAAUACUCGUUAGAGAGGGAGAGCGAAUACCUUCCCCAAAUUCGCGAACUGAUCUCCAAGGACCUCUCCGAGCCUUACAGCAUCUAUGUCUACCGUUAUUUCCUCUACCAAUGGCCCGAACUCUGUUUCAUGGCCGUCGACGCCACCGAUGACAACAAACUCGCCGGAGUGGUAAUAUGCAAACUGGAGCCACAUCGAGGAGGACCAUUGCGAGGAUACAUCGCCAUGCUGGCCACGAAGGACAAGUUCCGGGGCAAGGGUAUCGCCACUACGCUUGUCAGCAAAGCGAUCGAUUUGAUGAUUGAGAAGGACGCAGACGAGAUUGCGUUGGAAACUGAGGAGACAAACACUGGGGCGAUGAAGCUGUACGAGCGGCUGGGGUUUCUGAGAAGCAAAAAGCUGCAUCGGUACUAUAUGAAUGGUAACAGCGCGUAUCGGUUGCUGCUGUACCUGAAAGAGGGGGUCGGCAGCAUUCUGACACAGGACGAGUUCGGUGGCUCUGGUCUGGAUGCGCAGGACGAAAUGAGAUAUUCGCAUCAGUACCAAGAAUCUCCGCAGGACGUAUUAAGUCGUGGCAUCGUCUGA